AUGGGCAAGAAGAACUCGUCGCGGGUGAAAAAACGAGCGAGAGCCAAGGCUGCUGCGCGCUCACAUCGGGCGGAAAACGAGGGGAUCGAAUCGGAUUCUUCCCAGCCCCAGACCGCCGUCUCCAACGGAAUCAGCUCCGACACGGAUGUUUCAGAAGUUGCCCAAAGCCCUGUCCGGGGCCGAAGACGCGGAGACUCGAUAGCGUCCAUGUCUUCGACCAUGUCUUCUUCUCGCUACGACUAUUUGGCUCAUCCGACGGACUCGGGCGAGAUAUAUUCAGGCCCUCCUAGUGAUGCGUUUCCCACGUCAUAUUCGUCAUAUCAGCACCUGAACCGACGGCGAUCCAUGUCACGGUCUCUGAGCCGUUCACGUGGGUCCCUUGGAGACGAUUCGCGGCGUCCGUCCAUGUCUCUAUCUCAUAGAGCGUCCAAUGAGGUGCUUCAAUCGCCGCAGUUUCGACCUCGGGCUGAAUCAACCGCUUCUUUUCGAUUUUUCGACAGAGACGAGCUGGAAUUGGCCGAGGGAUCGUCGACCAUGGAGGACGAGAUGCCCCAGGAGUCGGACGAGGUGGCUGUUGAAGAGGUAGACGACUACCAUGGAGGAUACAGACCCAGUGGCCGGUUCAGAGAAAGCCUAUCAUUGAGCCGGGACGACGUGUAUAGAAGAGGAUCUACAUUCUCGACCGACGAUAACACACCACUGAUGAGACGCGAGUCGCGAGACUCGUAUGAACGGCCCCGACGAGAGAGUGGUCGUUCAGACGAUGGAGGAUCGUACACUUUUGGUCUUCAUGACGAGACUCCUACUGGCCCACCCUUUCCUGAUGCCACAAACACCGUCCAACGGUUCUACAUUGCUGAAGAGGAUUUGUUGAUUGGUAUUGCUGGAUACAAGACAAACCGGCUCAAGUCUGUCUUCUUCUUCUUGCUGUAUGUGGCUACAGGAGGAAUUCUGUUUCUGAUAAUGCGAUGGUUCCCUCGAUGGAGAAUCUCGUGUCUUGGAGACCCUGCUCCUCUGGGAGACUGUGAUUGGGUGGUUAUUGAGAAUCAGUGGGGAGAAAUGGAGAUUUGUGAUGUUCAUCAGGCACGAUACAACCGAGCCUUGUCUACUGUCUUCACCCUCAAGCCUGAGAAUGCCGAGUUGGCGACUAUUCACUCUGGUGAGGAGGUUGAGAGCUCUUCCUUUAUGGAAAACGACCCCGAUCCCAUUCUGCCUGUUCUCCGGUCUAUUUCCUACAGAUACAUUACGUUCAUUUACGACCCGAUUGAGGACAUUUUCCGAACCAACGCCGGUUGGACUGAUCCAGAUUGGCGGGAAAUGUCCAUUGUCAAAGAAGGUCUUUCUUAUGACUCAUUUGAAGACCGAGUUUUGGCGUUUGGCCACAAUGUCCUUGAUAUCAAGGAAAAGAGUAUCCAACAGCUGCUAGUGGACGAGGUAUUGCAUCCGUUUUACAUCUUCCAGGUCUUCUCCAUGAUUCUGUGGGCUGCGGACACCUACUACUAUUAUGCCACGUGUAUCUUCAUCAUUUCAGUCAUUUCCAUCACCAACACUCUGGUGGAGACGAAGAGCACCAUGCGACGUCUUUCACAAAUGUCGCGCUUCAUCUGCGAGGUGCGAGUGCUCCGAAAUGGCUUCUGGACUACCGUUGACUCGUCCCAACUGGUCCCUGGAGACGUCUACGAGAUUUCUGACCCAGCUAUGACUCUCUUCCCCUGUGACUCCGUCUUGUUGUCUGGAGACUGUAUCGUCAACGAAAGUAUGCUGACCGGUGAGUCUGUUCCCGUAACAAAGAUCCCCAUCACGUCCGAGGGUCUCGUCCACCUGUCUCAGGGCUCUCUGAUCGGCUCCAAUGUGUCUCCUGACAUUGUCCGGAACUUUUUGUUCUCUGGAACUCGAGUAAUUCGAGUGCGACGACCUCAAGGAGGCGACUCCGAAGACGGACCUGCUCUUGCUGUAGUUGUUCGAACCGGUUUCUCUACUACUAAGGGAGCGCUGGUGCGAUCCAUGAUGUUCCCCAAACCCACCGGUUUCAAGUUCUACCGAGAUUCGUUCAAGUACAUUGGAGUCAUGAGCGGAAUUGCCUGUAUUGGAUUCAUCAUUUCCACUAUUGACUUCAUCAAGAUGCAGCUUCCUACUCAUUUGAUUGUCUUCCGAGCCCUCGAUCUCAUCACUAUCGUUGUCCCUCCUGCUCUGCCUGCUACUCUCACUAUUGGUACCAACAUUGCUCUGGCUCGGCUUAAGAAGAAGCAAAUCUACUGUAUUGCCCCUACUCGAGUCAAUGUCGGUGGUAAGAUCGAUAUCUGUUGCUUUGACAAGACUGGAACUCUCACUGAAGACGGUCUGGACAUUAUGGGAGUCACCUUGGCCGAAUCCAACGCUGGAAGACGUCUUUUCAGCGACCUGCAUGCCACUACCGACGAUCUGUUCCCCCACAAGUCUCUCAAGGGUAACCAAGCUGCGUUGGACAUGCUUCUGACACUGGCAACUUGCCAUUCUCUUCGAGCUGUCGACGGAGAGCUGGUUGGAGACCCUCUGGACUACAAAAUGUUCUCCUUCUGCAACUGGUCGUUCGAAGAAGAGGGAUUCAAGUUUGGCGAGGAAGUCGGCUCGCAAACGUCCAACGAGCGAAUGGACAACUUUGCAGUGGCUGAAACCAUCUCCCCUUCGAUUGUGCGACCUCCUCCCGGCAGAUUCUCCGAGACUGGCUCGGACUCCGAGUUUGGAAUCAUCCGAUCGUUCGAGUUUGUGUCUCAGCUGAGAAGAAUGUCAGUCAUGGUAAAAACUAUGCACUCGCGAGACGUGUCUGUGUUUGUCAAGGGUGCUCCAGAGGUUCUUCCGGAUAUUUGUCGACCCGAGUCCUUCCCUUCAAACUACCACGAGCUCCUCCAUCACUACACCCACAAGGGCUACCGAGUGAUUGCAUGUGCCACCAAGACGUAUUCCAAGCUCAUGUGGCACAAGGCUCAGAAGCUGUCUCGUGAGGAGGUCGAGUCUCAGCUUGAUUUCCUCGGUUUCAUUGUCUUUGAAAACAAGCUGAAACCGACCACUGCUGGCGUCAUUCGACAGCUCGAAAACCAGGCCAAGAUUAGAACCGUCAUGUGCACCGGAGACAAUGUGCUGACAGCUAUUUCUGUCGCUCGAGAGUGUGAGAUGGUUCCUUCUCACGAAGUUCAGGUCUUUGUCCCCUCAUUUGAAGAGUCUCCGGAGCACGAAACUGGUCUGGCUAUCAGAUGGGAGUCGGUCGACAACAAUAACCUCACUCUCAACUCGGCCACGUUGCGUCCCCUGAACCCCAGGGUCGUGCCAAACUACUGUCUGGCAGUCACUGGAGAGGUGUUCCGGUACCUGAUUGACUUUGGCUCUGACGAUAUUCUUCACCAGAUGCUUAUGCGAGGAAAGAUCUACGCUCGAAUGUCUCCCGACGAGAAACACGAGCUGGUGGAAAAACUGCAGGCUCUGGAUUACACAACUUGUUUCUGCGGAGAUGGAGCCAACGACUGUGGAGCCCUUAAGGCGGCCGAUGUCGGUAUUUCUCUGUCUGAAGCCGAAGCCUCAGUUGCUGCUCCAUUUACUUCUCGUGUGUUUGAAAUAUCUUGUGUGGUGGACGUUAUCAAGGAGGGACGAGCUGCUCUGGUUACAUCCUUCUCUUGCUUCAAGUAUAUGUCUCUGUACUCUGCCAUUCAGUUUGUUACCGUUGGUAUUCUCUACUCGUCCGGAUCCAACCUUGGUGACUUCCAGUUUCUGUGGAUCGACAUGUUCCUCAUCCUGCCCAUCGCCAUUUUCAUGGCCUGGUCCAAGCCCUACCACAAGCUUGCCCCCAAACGGCCCAAUGCCAACCUCGUGUCUCGAAAGGUUCUCAUUCCGCUUAUUGGUGAGAUUGCAGUGCUGGCAACGGCCCAGUUCAUUGUCUGGAGUCUGGUCAAGAAGGAGCCCUGGCACAUUGCUCCCAUUCCUGGAGCCGAGGACGCUGAUGUAGCUUCGUCAGAUAACACGGCUCUGUUCUUUGUGUCGUGUUUCGAGUACAUCCUGAUUGCUGUGGCUCUGUCUGUCGGUCCUCCUUACAGAGAAGACGUGUACAAGAACGUUCCAUUUGUUCUAUGUGUUAUUUUCCUGCUGGGAGCCACCGCUAUGCUCAUGAGCAUCCAGAACAUGGACUCUGGUCUGGGCAAGUUGAUGCAGCUCACAGCCAUGCCUGCAGACUUCAAGCUGGGCAUCGUGGCCAUUGGUUUUGUGACGUUUGCCGUUUCGUGGAUCUGCGAGUCCUAUGUGUUUACACUCCUGGUCCGGUUCUCGAGAGCCCUUCAGAAGGCUACAGGUCUUGGUCACAAGCAGUACAAGAACAAGAUGUACAAGAACAUUAACCUGGGAGGAGUUUAG